UAGAAAUAUUAUAUAAAUAAAUACAUUGGCCUAAAUAUUUUCUUGUGAAAUAAUAAACAUACAUUUUGCGAGUAUUUAUCAUUGAUCUGAUUAUAACAUAAGGUUAGCCUAGUUAGGCUUCCUAAAUUUAAUUAAUGUCAACUUAUGUGACCAAGAGAUUCUAAGAUACUUAACAUCAACAUUUUAGUAAUCACUGAGCCAUCGUCAAAGCAAAUAUAUUUUGUGUGAUUGAAUUAUCGAAAAAGUAUUCCUCUAACGCUCAUAAUAUUUGACAAGAACGUAUUUUCUUUUUUAAAUUUUUAUUUAAUUCUUCUUCAAACUCAUAAGAAAAUAUUUUUUUAUAAAUUUCUAUAAACUGUCAAUCAAAGUUGAAUCAUGAGUGACGAAAAUCAAGAGCCUGUACUGGAUCAAGUACAUCAAGUACAUCAAAUAAACUGUAAUGUAGGAUCAUUAAAUGAUGCAAAUGCUACUAAAAAAGAAGCUUUAUUAGUGAGAUCAGAUAGUGGUACAUCAUGUGGUACAAAACCAAAAAGGAAAUCAAAAGCUGCUCGUCGUCGUUUGCAUGCUAUGAUGAGUAAUGUAUCACUGCAUUUUUCUGAUACUGAUUCUGAAGGAGAAUUGGCAAUAAUUAAUACUCAGAAGAAUUCUUUAAGCCCAUCAAAAAGUCCUAGAAAAAAUCCAGUAGCACCAAUCAUAUCAGUAACUCUGGAAAAUUCAGAAUCCGAACCUGUUGAAAUGAACUGGGAUGGUCUAAAUAAUUUUCCAAGAAGUCCCAGACGAAAUAGCUUUGUAGAUAAUUUAACAGACGUAGAUGAAAUUCUAGUUGGAAGUGAUGUAGAAACUCCUACAGUAGAAAAUAAAGGACUGGCUGUUUUUGAAAAUGAUAUCCAAGGAGAAACAGAUAUGGAAGAUGUAUCUAAUGAUGAAGAAGAUCAUGAUGAACCAAUUUAUGUACGACCAAGAAUGGAUAUUCUUCGUGAACUCAGUGGUGGAACCAUAACAACUAAAGAAGGUGAUGGGCCUUUUUCUGUUGAAGUUAGAAAUCAAAUGUCUUUUGAUGAAGAUGAUGCCCGAGACUUCCCUCAUGGAUGUCUUACUGAUGAACUGGUUAUUUACGGAGGCACAGAUUCUGAAGAGAUGAACGCUUCUGAUGAGGACGAAGGACUUGAUGAAGCUUGUGGACAAAGAAGUUUGAUGGAAGAAUUUGAUUUUCUUGCUGCAUCACAAGUAGAAAUGACAAAUGUUCAGAAGUCGAAUGAUUUAUUAAGCGUUAGAGAACCAACUGACGAUGGUUCCUAUGAUGGUCAUACAGAUAUUGAGGAUGUAGAUUAAAUUGAACACAAUUCAAAUGAUAAAUGAUAUUUUUUCUUUUGCACUAAUCCUUCUAGAAGUUUAAUUUUUAUUUAAAAAAUAGAUUCACUCAUAUAUAAUCAAA